AGACUGCAUAACUUUUUUCCAAAUCAAAUUGCAUCUGAACUAAGGAAAAUGAAAGGUAGCGACCCCACGCCACAGACUCACAAGGAGGUCCAGUGGAAGGAGCUGGUGGCCAAAGAGGAGAGGGCGGCAGAGGACUGGUGCCGCUUGUACGGCUGGAGGCUCCAAGAAAACAGCAACAUGCGGGAGGCCGAGCGACCAGUGCUCGAGCAGCUGUCGGCUCUGCUGGCCGACGAGGCCAUCCCUCUCCCGCCGAAGGACGACAGGAAGGUCCCGCCGGUCCCGGCGACCACCGCCGGCGACAUUGGCUGGUUGUCCACACUCGAGGAGUUCAAGCUCGAACUGUACGGCUCAACCUCUGCGAAUGCACAUUAUCCAUUAGAACCACCCGAAUAAUGUGUCUCACUUUGACUGUCGUGUAAAGAUCUCUGCAUAAGCCAUCAAAACUAUAGAACGUUACAACCAAAUAGCUCUAAUGAACAUGUUUUGCUAAAUAUAUUUGUACAUAAAAUUAACUAUAAAUAGUGCAAAGCAG